AUGGAGGCGGGUGACCCGACACCACUAAACGACGUGCAGUGCCAGGAACCAGAGGAACGUGCGGAUGUGGAUGCGCGUGCUCGCAUGGACGAACGCGCUGAAGGUGCUGACGUGGACGGGAUAAUCGAACACGUGGCAGUGAUAGACGAGAGCAUGGCGGACGCCUAUCUGGACGAUAAUGACCAUCUCGACGACGCUAGCGACGACGAUGGCGAUGACGGCGAUUCGGAUGUGUCAGCGGACGACGUUGGCGAUGCAAACGACGCUGACGAAGAUGCAGGCGACAUGGAUGGCGACAUAGAGGGGGGACGUGCCGCCGUAGAGGGUGGGGGGGAGCCGAUCGGGGGACGUGGAGGUGCGGCGGAGGAGGAGAAGGAAGAAGAACUGGCGGAGGAAGAAGAAGAGGAGGAAGAGGAGGAAGAGGAGGAGGAAGAAGAAGAGGAACUGAAUGAGGCACAGCGCGUUGUGGUUGCUGACGACGAUGAGGCGAGCGUUCACUCGGAGGAGGAAGAGGAGCAAGGGGAGGAUGCGGGCGGGCAGGAGGAGGGGGAGGGGGUAGGCGCGCGUGAGGGUGAUGGAGAAGCUCGGUGCCAAAGGGAGGGGGGGACAGGUGGCGAUGGUGAUGAGAGGCCGGGCGGAGUGGUGGCGGAUGGGGGGAGGCGAGAGGCGGGAGGUGAAGAGGCGGAGGUAGCAGGAGAGGGGAGGAGAGGAGUGCAAACAGGUGGGCGCUUGGAGGAGGAGAAGGAAGCGGAGGCAAGCGGUGAGCAAUCAGAGGCAGAAGGAGCGAAGGGCGGAACGGAGAGAGGAGAGGUAUUGGCAGCAGCGCAGGCACGUGAGACCGCGGCCGCGCCUGCAGGAGGGGAGACACAAGGAGCACGAGAGGGUGCUGCUGCGGGAGAGAUGCCCUCGCCAGGGGACGCUCACAUAGCGGAGGGAAGGGCGCCUUCAGCCAGUGACGCGGCUGUAGCAGCUGCGGAUGCACCUUCAACAGGGGAGGCAGCUGUAGCAGCAGUAGAGGUGCCGGUGGCGUAUGUGAAGCGCAUGAUGCGCCUGGAUGGCGAGGUGCGGUAUGUUUCGUCCGAUGCUGCCCAGCUGGUGGCCUCUGCCGCCCACCUCUUUCUCGAGAGCCUUGCUGCUGCUGCCUUCUCCCGCACUCGCUCCGCCCGCCGGUUGACAAUCACCCAGGCUGACGUGGCAGCUGCUGUGCGCUCAUCGGAUAAGAUCAGCGAUUUCAUUGGCUCGUCCAUAUCCUGCCUUCGACACGUCAGCAGCGGUCCAGCUCGUGCUGACGCAGCGCGGGGGCAGGGGAGAGUGGGCCCGGAGGGGUCAAGGAAGCGGGAGAGGGCAGAGGCAGCAGCGGCAAGAGCAGUGCGGGACAGGAAGGCGAGAUUUAUCACCGCUUUUUUCCUCAACUCCUAG